GAUAUAGCAAUAGCUCGCGCGUAACGCCCUGGCAAAACCGCGCUACCCGCUUUCCCAGUCACCAUUUCCUUUAAUCGUGUCAUGACGCGGCCGAUCAACAAUCACCAAUUAUUUUGCCCUCGUUGUAGAUGACGCCCGCGAGGGUUGUCCAAUGGAUAUUCCUCGUGAAACUAUAGUUGCGAAAUAAAGUGCAGCUUAGUUCCGGAGAUGGAGUUGCGGAUAUGCAAAACUCCGAUAUACGUAAUGCAACUUUUCGUAUUUAUAACGAGCUUUGACGGUGGCCAAACGGGCAAAAACACAGGUAGCGAAAACUACAUGGGUGACGUCAAUGUGUCGGCAAUAUUAGACUCGUUCAAGCAGAGCUACGACAAACGAAUAAGGCCCAAUUACGGAGGACCUCCCGUCGAUGUUGGAGUCACGAUGUACGUUCUCAGCAUCAGUUCAGUUUCGGAAGUGUUAAUGGAUUUCACUUUGGAUUUCUACUUCCGGCAGUUCUGGACAGAUCCCCGCUUAGCUUUUCAGAAAAAGCCCCACGUCGAGAUGUUGUCGGUUGGGUCGGAGUUCAUUUCAAAUAUCUGGGUACCUGACACAUUUUUUGUUAACGAAAAAACAUCAUCUUUUCACAAGGCCACUACGUCGAACGAAUUCAUAAGAAUACACCAUUCGGGGUCCAUUACUAGAAGUCUUAGGCUAACCAUAACUGCAUCGUGCCCCAUGAAUCUAGAGUAUUUCCCAAUGGAUAGACAACUGUGCCACAUUGAAAUUGAAAGCUUUGGAUACACUAUGAGAGAUAUAAGGUAUAAAUGGAACGAAGGACCAAACUCUGUAGGCGUUUCUAACGAGGUCUCGUUACCGCAGUUUAAAGUGUUGGGUCACCGACAGAGGGCAAUGGAAAUAUCCCUCACCACCGGAAACUAUUCCAGAUUGGCCUGCGAAAUUCAAUUCGUUAGAUCGAUGGGUUAUUAUCUAAUUCAAAUCUACAUUCCGUCCGGACUGAUAGUAAUUAUUUCGUGGGUGAGCUUUUGGCUAAAUAGAAACGCAACUCCAGCCAGGGUGAACCUUGGGGUCACAACCGUACUGACCAUGACGACGCUUAUGUCGUCCACGAACGCUGCUUUACCAAAAAUCUCCUACGUCAAGUCUAUAGAUAUUUAUUUAGGAACAUGUUUCGUAAUGGUAUUUGCUAGCCUGCUAGAGUACGCCACGGUGGGAUAUAUAGCAAAAAGAAUACAAAUGAGGAAAAACAGAUUUAUGGCUGUUCAGAAAAUAGCAGAACAGAAGAAGCUGAGCGUUUACGGGGCACCGGAAGACCAUGCUCCUCGACCUACCGAUGUGCGGGCGAAACCAAACGAUCCCAAAGUACGUAGCAGGAUAUGCGCUGCCGAUGGCACCAUGAAUGGAAGGCGUGGUAGCCGAGAAGGAGGCUUGGACGAUGAAACCAGCGGUCCCCAACACAUCAUCCAUCCCAGCAAAGAUUUAAACAGGAUGUACGGCGUCAGCGCGUCAGAUAUCGACAAAUAUUCGCGAAUAAUGUUUCCAGUGUGUUUCGUCUGUUUCAAUCUGAUGUACUGGAUAAUUUACUUGCAUAUUUCGGACGUGGUCGCCGACGAUUUGGUGCUUUUGGAAGGUGUUAAUUAA